UCUGGCUGAGCCUAGGGCGGGCGGGGGACCGGUAUAAAGCAGCGGGCGCCUGUGCCUGCUCCACCUCAUGCGCACUGCCUGCUUGAGUCUGUUCUGCCCCCUCCCCACCACUUGGCCACCACCAUGACACCGGACAUCCAGGCCCCUUUUUUCUUCCUGCUGCUGCUAUUCCAAGUGCUUACAGUCUCUGGUACAAACGCAACGACUUUGAGUAUCCAAAGCCCUGCCUCAAUCUCUGCUGCCUCUCCGGUCCACGGUGGCAUCUCAUCCGCCAGGCCCAGUGGCGCCUCACCUCCGAGCACCAGCCCUGCCUCAGGCUCGGCUGCCCCUCCGGUCCACGGUGGCACCUCACCCCGGGCCACCACUGGCGCCCCACCUCCGACCACCAGCCCUGCCUCAGGCUCGGCUGCCCCUCCGGUCCACGGUGGCACCUCACCCCGGGCCACCAGUGGCGCCUCACCUCCGACCACCAGUCCUGCCUCAACAUCAGCUCUCAUUCCAGCACACAAGAGCACCUCUUCCAAGGUUACCAUGACCCAAGCCAGCAAGGGCACUCCAUCCUCAGUUCCCAUCUCUGAUACUCCCACCAUUUCUGCCAGCCACAUUACCAGGACCAUUGCCGGCAGCACUGGCAAUUAUAACCAGAGCAUAGUACCUCCCACCUCCUCCAAUCAUACGACUUCUCAGCAGUUGCAUAUUCGGGUCUCCCUGUUCUUCCUGUCUUUUCGCAUUAUGAACCUCCAGUAUAACUCCUCCCUGGAAAAUCCCAGCACCAGCUACUACCAGAAGCUGCUGAGAAACAUUUCUGUAUUGUUUGUGCAGACUUAUAAACAACAGGAUUUUCUGGGCCUCUUAGAUAUCGAGUUCAGGCCAGGAUCUGUGGUGGUAGAAUUAACUUUGGCCUUCCGAGAGGGUACCACUGCCCACAAUGUGGAGAGACAGCUUGGUCAGCUUGAAGCAGCAGCAGUCAAAUAUAACCUGAUCAUCAGCGGAGUUAGUGUGCGUGACGUAUCAUCUCCUUCCUCUGCCCAGUCUGGGUCUGGGGUGCCUGGCUGGGGCAUUGCCCUGCUGGUACUGGUCUGUGUUCUGGUUGCCCUGGCCAUCAUUUAUCUCACUGCCCUGGUUGUGUGUCAGUGCAGACAAAAGAACUAUGGGCAGCUGGACCUCUUUCCAAUCCGAGAUGCCUACCAUCCUAUGAGCGAGUACCCCACCUACCACACCCAUGGGCGCUAUGUGCCCCCUGGCAGUACCAAACGGAGCCCCUUUGAGGAGGUUUCUGCAGGCAACGGUGGCAGCACUCUCUCUUACGCGAACCUGGCAGCCACUUCCGCCAACCUGUAGGGGCACGUUGCCUGCUGAGCAUCCAGCCAGUGCCCGACCGCCUCCCUGGGUUUCUUCACUGCUGCAGCCCCCGCCUUGCCCCCAACUCUGUUCUGGGCUGGUGAGCUGGGCGUUCAGGUGGGCUGCCCACAGUCUCCCUCACAGGCCCCACCAAGUCCCUUAACCCAUCUUAGCCCUGGCGAAGCCCAUCCGAGCCCCUGGGGACAAGCCUGAGGCAGUGGCUCCCAGGAGGACUGGCCGGGACAGCUCGGAGAUGUGAGUGGGAACCUGAACAUGGCUGAAUAAAACUCGGGCCUCC